CGCGUGUACGGGCGCCACGCCGCCGCCCUGGGCGAGGCGCUGCGCCAGGAGGCCCCCGAGCUGCCCGUGAGGGUGAACCCGGCCAAGCCCCGUCGGGGCAGCUUCGAGGUGACGCUGCUGCGUCCGGACGGCAGCAGUGCGGAGCUCUGGACCGGGAUCAAGAAGGGGCCCCCGCGCAAACUCAAGUUCCCUGAGCCUCUCGAGGUGGUGGAGCAGCUCAGGAAGCACCUUCCUUAGGGCUGGGGCAGAAGCGCAUCUUAGCCGAGCCUUCUGUCCUGGUGACUUGGAGCAUUCAUGAUGGGACAUGACCAAACUUCAGUCAUGUUCCUGAAGCCAUGGCUUCUCCAGAAACGAAGGUUCAGUAGUGAGGCAUUGGAGAGUUCUUAGAUUUGGUUUGUUUAAUAAAAGUUAAAAGUGUUCGAUGUAAAAUAUUUGAGUAACUAAAGUUAAUGUUAAGAGAUGGACAAAGCUGGCCUUAGGGAAUUAGUCGCGCCUUUCAUUUACCUGGAACUCUGGUAAAGGAUGAUGUGAAAUAUUUAUUUUUUAAAAAUGGGGGGGGGUGUAAUUUAUUUUUAUAAAAGAAACAUUUUUCCAUCUCACUUCUUGGAAGUGAAGGAGGUGGAGGCUCUGGCUGGACUUCCCACACUCCGUAGUGAACGAGGCCCACGCAUUAGCUACUGGGUAGAAUCCCGUGACUCGCCCGCCACUGAGUGUUCUGUCCCAACACUUUCACACUUUGUUCUGGGAAGUACAUGGAAUCCCCUGCCACAGAGGGUGGUUUAUCAAUCAUUCCUGGAUUAGCAGAGACGAAGUAACACAUAACCUGGGACUCUGGCCUUGGCCCUCUGCAGUUGGGGGGUGGCCACAAUUAAUAUAUUGUCUCACCACUAACUGG